AUGAGAGUAUUUUUAACAGGAGCAACUGGAUCAAUAGGAAGCUCAGUGCUACAAACUCUCCUUUCCCAUGGCCACGAAGUCUUAAUCUUAGUUAUGAGAUUAUCAGCUGCUAAGCUGUUAGUUUUGACGCAGUCACCCAGACCUGAAGGUUUCCUCCGCUUUGCGACGUCGCCUACAGUACUCCAACUUAAUGGCUAGCCUGUUCUGUUGAACUUCUCCUCCUUGCAAGCUACAACCUUACUCCAGUUUUGAGUGGGCAGAUUUAGGAAUUCUGCGGCCUUGCUUGAGGCUCUGGAAUACAAGGUUGUCCACACAGAAAACCAAAAAAAUGGAUUUUCUGGUUGACUUUCGGCAAAAAAGGAAAAGUUGAAGCCCAAGACAAAAAUUCUUGUUUCUCGCUAGCAGCAUUGCCCGAUAGCCUGGGUGUUUCCCUGCAGGCAUAGCUGGGCGCCUCCUUUUCAACUCCAACCCUCCUUUACCCUUGAGGAAAAAAACCAACUCCGAAAGCGGACUAAGGCUAGGAUCCUGCCUCCUGCGGGAAUUGCUUACCUAGCAUAGCUGUCGAUUUCUUCGUUGGUAAAACCUUGCCGGAUAUACUUUAAAUAGGGCUCGAGACUGCUUGGCCGAGAGGCCAAGCCUAAGUUGAGACGCCAUGUUUAAAAGUAUAUGAUGGCCACGAAGUCACUUGCACAGUCAGAAGUGAAGAGAAGAGACAAAUUAUAGCAAGCAAAGGAGAAAGAGCGCGUUCUAUCUUUUUUGAUAUUAAUUCCAAUACUGCUCACCAGCUUGCUGAAGUUGCUGUUGGCUAUGAUGCUCUCAUACACUGUGCUUGACUACCUUUUACUGAGGAAGGAGCUAUGGCAGAAAAUAUGACAAUAGAUGCUAUGAUACAGGCAGCAAGAAAAACAGCUGAAACGAAACCUGUCUCUAUUGUUUAUACUUCAGGAAUAAGUAUAAGUUCCAAUACUAAUGGAAUUAUUGAUGAAGACCAUGAUGAUCCUACUCACUGCUGGGAGCUAUCUGUUCCAAGAGAGAAAAAAAUUAUCGAUGCCAGUUCAGAGAAUAUUUAUGCAGCUGUUAUAAGAGUUAGUUGGGUUUAUGGGAAUAGCACUGUAGAUCAAUGGAUUAGGGCUUGCAAAGCCAAUAAUAAGGUUGUUGUGGGCGGGAGUCAAGAUAACUAUCAUAUUUCUCUUAUUCAUCAUGAAGAUUUAGCUAAUAUGUAUAGAACUCUUGUAGAGAAAAGGGGUUAUGGGCUGUUUUUUGCAGCUGAGCCAGAAGCUGCAACUCUUUCAAGCUUGAUUGGAAGAAUGAGAGAAGUUGGAGGCAUUCAAGAAGUAGAAAGGGUUAAUAAUCCAUGGGAGCAUUGCUCAGGGCCUUAUGGGUACUUCUUAUUAUGCCAUGCGCUUGAUCAGCAAUUCUACCCUAAAAGAUUUAUUGAGCUUUAUGAUUUUCAUCAUACUCAUAGGUUUCUGGACUGGAUAAAUACUUUUACUUUUUAG